UCGUCUAAUCUCUCCCUCUGCAAAGAAUAUAACCCUCUGCUCUCUGUUUGCACGCUCUUCUGCUAUUUGUCUACUGUUGUCUCUCUCUUUUGAGCUCUCUCAUCUCUUUGUCUCCAGCGUUAUUUCCCUGUCUCUUUGUUGCCUUUUCCCUUUGUAUCUUCUAUUGUUCAAGGGGGAAACAAACACACGGCUAAGUUUUAGCCAUGAACGGUACAGUGGCUACCGGCAAAGAGAAGCUGGUGGUGGAGGUGAUAGCGGCUCAUAACUUGAUGCCCAAAGAUGGGGAAGGGUCGUCUUCGCCGUUCGUGGAGGUGGAGUUCGAGAACCAAAGGCAUAGGACUCAGGUUAAAAGGAAAGACUUGAACCCCAUUUGGAACGAGAAGCUUGUGUUUCAUAUCAAAGAUGUUGCUGAUCUCCCUUACAGGGCUGUUGAAUUUAAUGUCUUUAAUGAAAGGCGGUCGAGUAACAGCAGGAAUUUUCUCGGGAAAGUGAGGGUUUCUGGUUCCAGUAUUGCUAAAGAAGGUGAAGAAGGUCCUCAAAUGUAUACCCUUGAUAAAAGAAGCUUGUUUUCUCAUAUAAGAGGGGAGAUAACCCUCAAGCUUUACGUUUCAACGAGAGAGGAAGUUAAACAAGUGGGGAUUGAUAACAAUGGGGUGAUGGGUACCGGUUCGGCUUCGGUUUCCACCUCGGGGUUUUCAAAGAAGAAGAAAAUGCAGCAGCAAAACCCAGCCUUGGUGGUGCAACAACAGCAGCUGGUUCAAGAGAACAAGCCAAGACUGCAGGGUCAAAUCCAUGCAAAGCCUUUAGAGCCAAAACCAGGUGAGUUAAAGCCUGUUGUAAUAACUACUGGUCCUGGCCCUGCAGUUCCUGUCUCCUCUGCCGGUGGUGGUGCCGGUGCUGGGUUGAGUCUUUUCUCAACUGGGUCUAAUGAGUUCUCACUAAAGGAGACAAGCCCUCACCUUGGUGGUGGUCCUUUGAACAAGGACAAAACCAGUUCAACAUAUGACCUUGUGGAGCAAAUGCAGUACCUUUACGUUAGAGUAGUGAAAGCUAGAGAUAUUUCGUUUUUCGGUGGUGGUGGUGAGAUAAUGGCUGAAGUCAAGCUAGGGAACUAUAGAGGCGUGACCAAGAGGGUCAGUUCAAACCAUGCAGAUUGGGACCAAGUUUUCGCCUUUUCUAAAGACUGCAUACAGUCUUCAAUGGUGGAGGUUGUCGUAAAGGAAGGUAACAAAGAUGAUUACUUGGGCCGAGUUUGGUUUGAUUUAAAUGAGGUCCCCAGGAGGGUUCCUCCAGACAGUCAAUUGGCACCACAAUGGCACCGAAUGGAAGACAAGAAAGGAGACAAGUCCAAAGGGGAAGUCAUGGUUUCCAUAUGGUUUGGGACUCAGGCAGAUGAGGCCUUUGCUGAGGCUUGGCACUCAAAGGCAGCCAAUGUGCAUUUUGAUGGGCUUUGCUCUAUUAAGUCCAAGGUUUAUUUAUCACCGAAACUUUGGUAUUUGAGGGUAUCAGUGAUUGAAGCACAAGAUGUUUUGGGUGAAAAAGGGUCUACUUUAUUGAGGUACCCUGAGCUCUCAGCUAAAGUACAAGUGGGGAAUCAAGUUUCAAGGACCAGAAUUUCAGGAGUUAGUCCUAACAGAAGCUUAUCAAAUCCAUUUUGGAAUGAGGAUUUCAUGUUUGUAGUUGCAGAGCCAUUUGAGGAUUACUUGUUGGUGUCUGUUGAGGAUCGAGUUGGCCCUGGAAGAGAUGAGGUUGUAGGCAGAGUAUUGCUUCCUGUGAUGGCAGUCGAAAGAAGAACUGAUGACAAACAAGUGGUCUCUAGGUGGUUUAAUCUUGAUAACCACUUCGGCAACCCUGCUGAGACUAAGCUUGUGACAGGAUUCGGUUCAAGAAUCCAUCUUCGGGUCUCACUUGAUGGGGGAUACCAUGUUCUUGAUGAGGCCACAAUGUAUAGCAGUGAUGUCAGGCCAACGGCAAAACAGCUCUGGAAGGCUCACAUUGGUGUACUUGAAAUGGGGAUCUUGGGUGCUACAGGGCUUAUGCCAGUGAAAGUCAAGGAAGGCAAAGGUGGCACCACUGAUGCUUACUGCGUUGCCAAGUACGGUCAGAAAUGGGUGAGAACCCGAACCGUGGGUGAUAGCUUGUCCCCAAAAUGGAAUGAGCAAUAUACUUGGGAGGUUUUCGAUCCUUGCACAGUUAUCACCAUUGGUGUGUUUGACAAUUGCCGAACUGAUAAAAACAUCAUCACUAAUGGUGUUCCUCGAGACUCCCGGAUAGGGAAGGUUAGAAUCCGGCUAUCAACGCUUGAGUCUGAUCGAGUUUACACUCAUUCAUAUCCACUCCUUAUGCUGCAUCCUUCUGGUGUCAAGAAAAUGGGUGAGCUUCACUUAGCUGUGCGAUUUUCAUGCGCUAACAUGGGAAACAUGUUGCAUAUGUAUACGUUGCCUUUGCUACCAAAGAUGCAUUAUGUACAACCUAUGAGUGUGAACCAGUUGGAGAGCCUAAGGUACCAAGCUAUGAAUGUGGUGGCAUCCCGGCUUAGCAGGGCAGAACCGCCAUUGGGGCGAGAGGUUGUCGAGUAUAUGCUCGAUCACGACUCUCAUAUGUGGAGCAUGAGAAGGAGCAAAGCUAACUUUUUCAGACUAAUGAGUGUGAUCUCUGGUCUGGUUGCCAUGAACCGUUGGUUCGAGUCUAUGCGAAACUGGAGCAAGCCAGUGUACUCAUCCUUGUUUGUUGCAACUUUUCUGAUAUUAGUUGCAUUACCCGAGCUCAUAAUCCCCGCAACCCUGCUCUACAUGGCGACAAUGGGACUAUGGCGAUACAGGUUCCGACCGCGUCAUCCGCCCCACAUGGACACCCGGCUGUCCCAUGCGGAGAGUGUUUAUCCAGACGAAUUAGAUGAGGAGUUUGAUUCAUUCCCAACAAGUCGAAGUGUGGAUGUGGUUAAAAUGAGGUAUGAUCGACUAAGGAGUGUGGCGGGAAGGGUUCAAACUGUGGUCGGAGACAUGGCAACACAAGGUGAAAGGUUUCAAGCAUUGCUAAGUUGGAGAGAUCCAAGGGCCACAUUCUUGUUUGUGAUAUUGUGCUUGUUUGCAGCCGUUGGAUUUUAUGCAGUGCCAUUGAAGGUGGUCGUGGCAUUGUGGGGUACCUAUGCGUUGAGGCCCCCAAGAUUCCGAAGCAAGUUGCCUUGUCGGGCAUUGAGCUUCUUCAGGAGGUUGCCUACAAAAGCAGAUAGUUUGCUGUAAGAAACCAAACGGCUUUUAGUGGGAAUGAAAUAUUUUGAACAUAGUUUUAAGAUUUUUAAGGUGUUUGGGUCUAGUGAUGCUUUUUGGGGAGUUUUAAUUAAUUAAUCAAGGAUGUGGUUUUAAUAUUGGAGAGUUAGUGUGUACUGUUUUCAAGACUGGAUGUCCAAAUCAAAACUAAUGCUUUUAUGAUCCA